CCCGUAAACGCAUGGCCUUGUCGCUCAAAGUGAUUUGUGUGUGGUCUGCACUUUACAUAUUGGUCUUGACCACAACAUAGAACACCAUUCCUUCUAAUUAAAGCACAGCACGAAAAGGCCAAUCACAAGGCGUCAUUUCUGGCCAAUCCAUCUUCCGCUGGUUUGCGAAAAGUGGUUUCAUCGGGUUUCCUCAAUCUCAUCUCUGUGUACUUGUCAACACACAGCUUCUUCAUCUGUUGAAAGCACACAGAAAUUGUGGGGUGAAGCCUUCAAACGAGUUCACGUAAAAUAUUCUGCUUCGAUUUGCUCGAGUUCAAAUAUCGAUUGAAUAAGAGGUGUUACGAUUGUUUGAACGCAUGAAAGAAAGUGUGACCCCCAUCUAGCCGUACAUACGGUAGAGACAGACUCGCUGCGGUUUCAAAUUUCACUGGAACACACUGACAGAUCGCGAACGAAGUUUGAUGAAGAACAAAAUAUGGAACCACAUGAAUCGAAUAGUGACAGAAAGAAUUACAGCAUUUUACAGGCCUGUUCGCAGUGUAACGUGAUCUCGGCCAAAGUCAGAGGCAACAUCAACCAUUUUCUAUACAAAUUAGGGUGCUGGAUACAAGGCAAAAGUUUAACACUGUUUUUGAUUGGUAUAACAACUCUAUUGGGUCUCUGUGUUGGCUUGAAGCAAACAAAUAUUGAAACAGAUAUUGAAAAGCUCUGGGUUGAUCAAAGCGGAAGGCUAUCGCAAGAACUAAAUUAUUUGAAAAAAUAUUUGAAAGAUGAUGGCAUUGAUAGUGAACACGAGGUUAUGAUUCAAGUGGCAAAAGACCACGGUAGCAAUAUUCUCAAUGUAGAAGCUAUGAAGGAGCAUCUUGAAAUGAUGAAGAGGGUGGUUACGAUGGGGGUUUAUGUUCAUCAAGAUCUUUGGAAGCUGGAAGACAUUUGUAUCAAGCCAUCAUUGGGUACAAUAGCAGAUGGAAGCAAUCACCUAGUAAAGAUGUUGGAGCACAUGACACCGUGUUUGCUAAUGACUCCAUUAGAUUGUUUUUACGAAGGCAGCCAGAUUGCUGGACCUUUAGAGCCAGCAAUUGUACCUGUCCUUGGUAUCGACCGCAAAGAGACUUGGGAAACAUUGGAUCCAUAUGGUAUUAUAGAUGAACUUGUUCGAGCAAAUGUGUCUGGUAUACCAGAGGUCGAGUUGAAAAAAUUAUUUGCAAAGACUGGAAUUGAGUCAGGAUAUCUGAAGAAGCCUUGUCUUGAUCCACAAAGCCCCAAAUGCCCAGCAACUUCCGUUAAUUACAGAUCACGACAGCCUCCUGACAUUGGAGAGAUUUUGACUGGUGGUUGUCGUGGUUAUGCAACCAAGCUGAUGAACUGGCCAGAAGAGUUGCUUGUAGGUGGACGUAAGAUGAACAAAUCUCAGAUUUUGAGGAGUGGCAAAGGCUUGCAGUCAGUUUUGAUGCUGGAAAGUGCAAACGAUUUGUAUUCUUCUCAAAUAACCGACAAAGGAAUGUCCAUUCCACAAUGGUCUGUUGAAAAAGCAGAUCAAGUCAUUAAAGCCUGGCAAAGAGAGUUCACUAGGCUUGUCAAUAAAAAUGGCUUCAAAAACUCGUCCUUGACCACAGACAUCAUGGCCUACUCACCAACGUCAUUUUACGAUCUUAUCAAAAAGUUCUCACAGCCAGACCUCACGAAGAUUAUCACUGGCUACCUUGUUAUGCUGGCGUAUGCUUUCAUCACAUUAAAACGAUGGUCAAAUGCAGUGUAUUCGUAUGGAGCUGUUGGUGUGGUUGGUGUUAUCCUAGUGUCAUCUUCUGUUGCAGCAGCGAUGGGGUUGUCAUCGCUUUUAAAAGUUAGCUUCAAUGCUGCAUCGACUCAGGUUUUGCCAUUCCUUGCCCUUGGCUUGGGUGUGGAUGAUAUGUUUCUAGUCGCUCGCACAUACGUUUCAAUCUGCGAAGCAAAAGAGUUUGAGGAGCAUGAAAUUGUUGGGGAAACACUGAGGAACUGUGGUCUAAGCGUUACUCUGACGUCAUUCACGAAUGUCUGCGCCUUUUUUAUGGCCUCACUAAUACCGGUUCCAGCCCUGCAAGCUUUUUCCAGGCAGGCCUCACUGAUUGUUGCAGUCAAUUGGGUUACAAUUAUGUUUCUUUUUACGUCAACUCUUGGAUUCGAUGUGAAGCGGGUCCAGUCAGAGAAAUAUGAUCUGUUUUGCUGUUCUGGGAGAGAAGUCCGCACUCCCCCGAUGCCUACUAUUCGGAGUAGUAACAUUCUACAAGAUAUUGCCUUUCUGAAUCUGGAAGGACUGCCUGGGGCUUCAUCAAUAUAUGCUGGCGCUUCAUUGAAUGCUCUUGUCGCUGGACAGCAGCAGCAACAACAACAGGGAAGAGGCAGGGGUAAUAGAGGUGCACAUCGAAGUACACGUGAUGGAAGGCACUCCCAGAACCGACAAUCAGAACAGGAAUCACAAACAGAAGCAUCACGGCAAGAUACAGUUGAAAAACGAUUUACUUUGCAGAACGUCGUUCAACACAUAUCGCUGUCGUAUUUUGCUGAGAAUUAUUUUGGCCCAUUUCUGCAGCAUAUGACAACCAAGAUAUUUGUCAUAUUCAUGCUGGCGAUAUUUCUUGGUGUUUGCGCCUACGGAGCAUUUCAAGUAAAAGACGGACUAAGUGUUGCGGAAAUGAUCCCACGUCACAACGUCGAGUAUUCCUUCGUAACUGCAAGGUUCCAAUACUUCUCGUUUUACCAGAUGCACAUCGUCACGAAAGAGAGUUUUGACUAUGCAAAUAAUCAGCAAAUGCUGUAUAGUUUCCAUCGUUCAUUUGCCAAAAUUGAUGAAGUGGUGAGAGAUUCAAACGGAAAUUUACCGAAGUUUUGGUUGAUGCACUUCAGGGACUGGUUGAUAGGGUUACAAAAUGCCUUCGAUGCUGAAUGGAAAGAGAAUCGUCUGAAUCGAGAUGGAUGGGCGGUCAAUGCUUCACGGGAGGCUAUACUUGGGUACAAAUUGAUCGGGCUCUCAUGCAAUUCAGCCAAUCAAAGGAAUUUGUCACGGAUACCGCAUGGUAGGAUGGUCAAUGCAAAUGGAAUAAUCUACCCGAAAUGUUUUUAUCAUUAUCUGACUUCUUGGUUUAACGAAGACAGCAUGGUAGAUUGGAUGUCUCAUGGCCACCUGAAGCCCACCCCGCCAGAUGGGUACAGAUCUUAUAGACAAACUACUCUGUCAUCUUCGAGCCUCUUUGUACCGAAGGCAAAUCCACUGAAAUUAACUUUGAUGCCAUUUUACUUGAAUGAUAUCAGAACAACUGAAGAUUUCUUCAGAAUAAUAAAGGUCGUCCGAAAACACUGCCAAGAGUUUGCAGAUAAAGGCCUCCCAAACUUCCCAACUGGGAUGCCGUUUGUAUACUGGGAACAAUACAUCUAUCUGCAUGGUUAUCUCUGGUUGGCUGUUGGCAUUGUACUUGCGUCAACACUGAUAGUCCUAGCGAUCGCGUUGAUGAACCUAUGGGCGGCACUUCUAUUGGUUGCAGUUUUGGUAAUGAACACAUUUGAGUUGUACGGAGUCAUGGGCCUGCUGUCACUCAAACUAAGUGCUGUUCCAGCCAUAACCUUGAUAAUGUCAGUUGGGGUUGGUGUAGAGUUUACAGUACAUAUUUGCUUAGCCUUUCUUAACUCCAAAGGCGACAGAAACGAGAGAACACAAAAAACAUUAAAUAAAAUGUUUGCUCCUGUUUUCGAUGGAGCUGUGUCUACGCUUAUCGGUGUCAUAGUCCUUGCUGGAUCAGAAUUCGAGUUUGUUGUGAGGUAUUUUUUUCACCUCAUCUUGGCAAUGAUAGUAAUCGGCCUUGCAAAUGGUUUGGUGCUGUUACCAGUUUUGCUGUCCUUUGUUGGCCCUUGCUGUGAGGUAACACAUCGCACUGUGCAGCCGUCAAGAUUUAACGACGAUUUAGAAGCAAACGGCAGAGAAUCGUCAAUAUCGCGAUCUAGAGGAAGCGGUGAUAUCGAGCUUUCAACUUUAGGUGGGCAGCCUGUGUUUUUGUCUGCCAAGAGCAAGCAGCAUGGUACCCAGGCUACCUCGAGAGGCUGGCACAAGAACACUAACAGUCCGUCUGCAGGGCGGUCAAAUAAUCGUACAGGAAAAAGCAAGCAGAGAUACCGCAAUCCAUUCGGAGCAUCCCGUAGGUGCAAGUACCAACACAAAAACUGUGUAUACGACCACCGGUUAAGAAAAUGUAGGGAACAGCUAACACCGGUAGCGGAGGUAUCUACCCCGGACAGUAGUAGCAGGGGCCCUUCGUCGUCUGCCAGUACGAACUCUAAGAGAUCGAGACCGGGCACGCCAAUCACGGUACCGGGCUCGGCAAAACGAGUAGAGAGUCCGGAUUAUUAUGGUGAUCAUGAUGACUGUUAUAUUGAUAACGAUGGCCUACCUGGUUUCAUCCCGGAGUCAGAAAAUAAUGUGACGACAUUAAAAGCUACUGCAAUGGUUACCUUAGAAUUGACGUCGUCGUCAAAUUCACAGCCUUAUCGAGUUACGAGAGUGCACACGCAGGCAGAAUGAGUAGCCAAUCUUUUGUUUUCCAAGCUCCAGCUGAAAAUUCAAUGAAAGAUUUUUAACUUGCUUAAUUAACAACUGUAUAAAAAUGCGCGAAAAUUUUAAGUUGAUUCGUCAUUUGCGAGAAAUGUAUACAGAAAUUUAAGUUCCAUCUAGGCUAUUGAAUAUUUAAAGAAGAAUUUUAUUUGGCGAACAGUUUACAGUUUUAGGUGAAUGGGUUAUUAUAAUUAUAUCAUAUUCUUUUUGAGAAUGCGAAGUAGAAAAGCAAGAUUUUUAAAUUUGUUUAAACGCCGUAAUAUAUAACAUAUAUGAUAAAUCAGUAUAUACGAAUUUUAAAUUAUAACUUUGUUAUGUUUGUGGAUUAAGUUUUAUCAGUACGUUGGGUUAAAUUUUUGUUUAUUGUAUUUUCAAUGUUUUUCGAAAGUCCCUGAAAUUUUCAAAAUAUUUCAGAAUAUCUUUUUAAACCGAAAACCUGUUUGGUUAUGUUUCACCCCACGGUAUUCCCCAUAUAUAGAAAGGCCAUGUAAACCAGCAUUAGUGAAAGGAAUCGACCUCUCAAAUCCCCUAUUCCUCUACCCACCCUUCUUCUACCCAGCCCUCUUCUUGCCAUCCAUUUCAAACCUACCCUUCUGUUACCCUACCAUUAACUCCUAACCCGUCUCUUACCCACCCUUCUCCAACCUACCCCUCCCCCAACCACUUCUCUCCUGACCACACCUUCUCCCACCCCUCUCCUACCAACCCUUCUCCUCCCCACCCCUCUCCUACCAACCCUUCUCCUCCCCACCCCUCUCCUACCAACCCUUCUCCUACCAACCCUUCUCCUACCCCCCUCUGCAAUCGUAAGAUAGCCCCAUGAAAAUCCUUCUGAAUAAUCGCUUGACGAUUUCUCUCAAACACCCAGCAGCAGCUUAUUCUGCCAAAAUCGUUAUGAACUCUGUAUUUUAAAGAGGAACUUGCAGAGUCAAAAAAGUCUUCAACCUUCCUCAAACCCAGACUGGGUUUAGGCUGAUUGUUUUAAUCUAAUUGGCCUAACACGUUGGACUUCGACCGUAUGACCGGAAUCUGUUUGACGGUGAAAAUUAUAAGUCAGAACAUUGCAUGGAGUAGAUAAUAUUUUAAUUUUUGUAUCAUCAAUAACCAUGAAAAUAAAGGAGAUUAUAUCCUGCGUUAUUUUAUCAUCACCAUACACUUGCCAUAUCAUUCCAAAGAUGUAAUUAUUUUUGCGCAAGAUAUACAUUAUUAUAUAAGUAUAAAUAUAUAUGCGUUGUAUUUAUUCUGUAAACACUCUCACCUCUGUACAAAUGCAUUGCUUUUGUAUGAAUCAUCUGUACGUAUUCUUUUGUCAUUCUGUUGAGCCUGCCGUACUGCCAAACCUGUUGUUGGAUCUCUAGCAUUGAUGUCCAGUGAACUCGUGUGCGAAGGAACAAUGAAGAGGCUGCACUUCCUAUGGUUCUUUUUCAUACGUCGUGCAAUUGCUUUAGCAGAAGUGCUUUGUUUUUUUGCAGCUUCUUAACCUAUCCAAUAGUCAUCUAGAUGUUUUACUGAAAUUGACAUGACAAGGCAUUGUCCCAAGGGUAUCAUUCCUACCAAGACUGCCUCCAACUACCUUUGGGAAUAUCAAAUAGGUGAUGUUCUUUAUUCCCCAAGGCUGCAGACAGAAAUGAGUUCUGCUCCCAACGGCGCACGAUGUCCUUCAGGGUUUAUUUAGGUGUAUAUCGCGCAUUAUAGGGAACUCUUUUAACAGAUUCAGAAGACUCACCUUAGAUUUAAAUACCUUAUACCCAGACAGAAAUCUUUAUACCCAGAGUUCUUGAUUUAUCACACCAAGUUAGUCAGAGGCGCAGGAAUUGGUUGGCUUUUCAGAGAUGUCAAAGCAGCAAUGUUGAAGAAAAUACUUCGCAAAACCUGCACUUUAGAAGACAUCAGCCCCCAUCUUCUAUUCCCCCUCAAUUGCACCUUUUUCCUAUCCACAUACGGGCUCCCAGUUUGUCAGCACCAUAUGGCAUAAGAGGAGUAAAAAAGCUGUUAUGUAGAAACCGGGAAGUGGCAACAGGUCAGGGCAGGAGGACUUAACAAUUUUGAAAAAAGCUCUCUUCUAAGAAAAAGUUAAAGGAAGAUAUAGGAGUUAUUUCAUGGAUGACAAAAUAGUCAAUGACAUCACGAAAUUUAAGAGAGAAAGAUUCUUUAUCUGAAGGUGCACUAGUGUACCAUAAUAUGCGAGCCAAUGGUGUGAACUUUCUCAGUACUUUUUAGCACUCGACCUUACCUGAUUAAAUUAACUUAAGCCGUACCUUGAAGAUUUAUUUAUCAGGUUCAAAUUCUUGCAUCGACUUCGAAAUUUUCACAAUUUUGCUGUAUUGAUUUUCUUAAGCUCUGUUCAGCAGACGUGUAAAGCAAUGGUGCAACAAGUGGUUUUUGCCCCCUUUGGGACUUCAAAUAUACAUCCCUUUCUAUUGACCACAUUUUUUGUAGCUUCAAUGGCCCCUAUUUCUAUCAAAUUUUACUUGAGACCCCAGGGGCACUCCCAGGCUUUCUACUCUGUUUUGGUUCCCCUGGUGUCAAGUAAACAUUUUACGUACACGGCUAUAUCUUGGUCUCAC